AUGUGGCGUGAGCUAAUCAACAAACGUAUGAAGGUUACCUCGGUACAGAGAAACAUCAAAGAAAUAAUUCGUGAACUUAAAGAUCGUGCGGAGAGGAGGCGAGUAGAAGAAUCAGCUAAGGAUCGUGGAGCAGGACAACGGAAGGUAACGGAAGUGUUAGUGAAAGAUGCAAACAACACCUACACUUGUCUAGAUUGUAACAGAUCCUUCAAGCCGCAAGGUCACGGGACAUGUGAAGUCGUGUGCAAAAGGUUGGUGUAAGAAAAACAACAUUAAAAUUUGAAAGAAAUGAUGUGAAAACAAAUUAUGUUUAGUAAUACUGGUGACGGGUGUUUUGUCUGCCUUCUUUGACCUCCUGUUUUGGAUUUAAAAGCAAUUCUUUUAUCUACUACCUUUUAACUACUUAAAUAAACCGUUUCAAGAUUUCUAUGUAGAAACUUUGGCGUGCCAGGUUAGAAUUACUGCCUAUACUCAAUUUUUCUACUAUUUUCUAGAAUUAAAGGUGAAAUUAGACUUAAUACGACAUUGUUCUCUUUUACGCGAGUUAGGAUUGUAAAUAAGACAUGAUUACCUCGUGAACAAUGCUCUUUUCUUUGUACUUUUAUUUAGCUACUCCCUUUUCUUGCUUUCUUUCUUUUCCGCUUUGUAGGUAGAAGGAAGAAAGAGAGAGACAAAGAAUCGCUGCGUUGUGUAUUACAAAAAGACGAAGGAGAUGGCCCACGUUCACAAGGGAACAAUAGUUUUGUCCUUCGAAACGUUACGGUUGAAUUUUCCCUAUUGACGC